AUGGCGGGAAUGCUAAAACAACAACAGGAACAGUUCAUCGUUCAGUGGGACAUGUUAGCCACCUUGAAUCAGACACCUCAACAUCCCCAGAAUAUAUCUUCACUAAAGUUUAAUCAGCCUCGUGAGGUAGAUUUGCUUGAAAGGUUUACAAAGUUACGACUACCAGUAUCCAAGGGUGCAUCUAACCCAUCAAUAGCAGAAGAUUGGUUGAAGCAGAUUGAGAAAAUACUAGAAGCAAUGAACUGGCCAGAUGAUCAGAAAGUUAGACUGGAGUCCUUUAUUCUUCAGGGCAAAGCCGAUGUAUGGUGGAGAGCUAUAAAGAGAAUGGUUCUAGCUGAUUACAUGUGGACCUGGAAUAAAUUUCAAGAAAAGUUCCAUGAGAAACAUUUUUCUAAAGCGUACUACAUCCAAAAGAUGGCGGAAUUUUCAAAGAUAGAACAAGGUUCCAUGACGGUAGCCCAGUAUGAAGCAAAAUUUGUUGAAUUAGUAAGUUAUGUGCCAAAGUUAAUGAAAGAUGAAGAUUAUAAUAUUACAAAAUUUAAAGAAGGGUUAAGACAUAAUAUCAUAACGAAAUUUUGUUGCGUGGAUGUGAAGAAAUACUCAAAAGUAGUCAAUAAAGCCUUACGAGUAGAACAAGAUACAGAGCGAUUUCUCAAAUCUCGUGUGCAGAUAAAAGAAACAGGACAAUGA